AUGAUAGGAACGAAUUAUUAUUUUAUUAAAAUUUGUUUUUCACUCGUAUUUCUCUUUGUUUUUUCCCGCUUUCCUUUUCUUCUUUUUCUUUGUUUUUUCUAUCUUUUUAUAUUUCUUCUUCAUAUUUUUCUGUCUUUUCUCUCGUUCAUUAAACUUUAUUAUUCUUCUAUAUUCUUUCUUUUUUACUUUCUUUCAUUUACACGUUUUUUUUUCUUUCUACAAUAUGUUAAGCUUUCUUUUAUUCGACUUCUUUUUCUUUCUUUCUCUCACGUAUUUUUUGUUCUUUCUUUUGUUUCUCUAUCCUUUCUUUUGUUUUUUUUUGUACUUUUUUUUGUAUUCUUCCUUUUUUCUCUUUUCUUAAGUCUUUUCUUUCUUUUUCACUUUUUUUCUUCUCAUUCUUUCUUUAUCUCUUUUCAUUCCAUCAUUUACAUUCAUUUCUUAUUUUAUUUUUCAUUCUUUGCAUUCUUUCUCUUUUUUCUUUUCUUUUACACUUGUUUUUUUUUCUUAUAUUGCAUACUUCAUUUUCGUUUCUUUUGCAUUUUCUUCUCUUUGUUUUAUUUCUGUUUUUUUUCCCCUCCAUUUUCAUUUUCUUUUCUCUGUCUAUUUUCUUUCUAUUAUUAUUUCUUUCCCUUUUCUCCUGCUUCCUUCAUUUUUUUCCUUCUACCUUCUUAUCUUAUGGAAUUACUUCUUGAUAUUUUUCUUUUCCCCAUUACUUAUUUUCUCCUUAACUUUUUCUUGAAUUCUUCUUUUUUUCUUUUCUCCUGCCAUGAUUUUUGUCUUACUGUCAUUCAGAUAUCUUCAUUUAUCCACCAAUACGAGCAUCUAUCUAGGAUUAUAUAUUUUCGUCAAUCACAUAUUUACUCAGUUGAUCUAUCUAUCUAUCUAUCUAUCUAUCUAUCUAUCUAUCUAUCUAUCUAUCUAUCUAUCUAUCUAUCUAUUUCAAUCUGUUCAUUAUCUAUCUAUCUAUCUAUCUAUCUAUCUAUCUAUCUAUCUAUCUAUCUAUCUAUUUCAUCUAUCUAUUAUUAUCUAUCUAUCUAUCUAUCUAUCUAUCUAUCUAUCUAUUUAUCUGUUCUAUUUCAAUCUGUUCAUUAUUAUCUAUCUAUCUAUCUAUCUAUCUAUCUAUCUAUCUAUCUAUCUAUCUCUUUAAACUCAACAUCUAUUCAGCUGUCUCAAACUAUAUACAGCGAAUAUUUAUCUAUCUCAAAAUGA